AUGCUCCUUGACGAAGAUCCGUCCACGCUCAUCCGCGCAACAAUCUCCAACUUCAACAUUGCGCCCGACAAAGCCGCCCUGUCGCGCGUCAACGACUCCUUGUCUACCUUACAACAAUCCCGCGAACUUCGUGUCCGAGACGCUGAGACCGCUCUAAGAAAACUAUCAAGGCAGCUUGCGACCCUUUCUUCCCAGCACCGAGAAGUACUCUCUGGUCAUGAUAGCGGCAGACAUGCUAGCGAGAUAGUACAACUCGAUACAAGGAAAUUCCGCAUUGCCAAACAGGCCUCAGAACUAGAGGCUGAGAGUGAGAGACUAGAAGCUGAACUAGAGCGGUUGAAGUUGCGAUUGUCCACCUUGGAAGAGCAAGGUGUUGAAGGCGACGAGAGCACAAGACAGACUAGGGAGGUUGAUGAUCCCACCAUAUUGCGUCUUUGGCUGUACAGAUCACUCGGCAUCGCCCUGGAGCAGGAUGAAGCAGGUAACUACAACAAGGCGACCAUUGCAAAUACGAAGAAGGGGGAUGUGCACGUUGUCAACAUUGACCCGAAGUUCUCAAAAUGGUUUUAUGCAGAUUACUUUUGGCAGACGAUGCAAGGUUAA